AUGGCAAGCAGUGAGCUGGGCUUGCUGCCAUCGUUCCAGCCCAGUCAAAUAAAGUUGGACUACCCAAGUGAUCAGCAACUUGAGCCAGGAGAUGCCGACCAGUUCUUCGAAGCAGAUUUCCUCCGUGCACGUAUCCAACUAACUCUCAUGAAGGCCGAAGCGGACAUCUUUAUCGAUAUUUGGCGGUCUAUCAGGGAUGACAUCCCCGACGGCGAGCGACGGGUACGGCCAAUCCUAUUGAGGUUGGAGAACUGGUUGUACGAAUUGCCUCCAUUAUUGAAGUUCGAUUGCGAAGCUGGUAUGCCAGAGGCCAUAGCACAGGCGCCGAACAUGCGCUCGCUAGCUUCUUUGUACCUACGGUGGCAGCAGAUAGGUAGCGUUGCCGAGGUGUUCACACCUAUGAUAUACAACAUUUAUUAA